ACAACGCCCUGACCCUCGCCUAGAGUCUCUCCUGAUCGUGAUAGCUAUAUAGGCGGUCGCAUUUCGUGGGUUCUUCGGAUUUUUUUUUCUUUUUUUUUUCUUUGUUUUUUUUCGUUUGAGUCCUACGAGUGUUAUAUCAGCCGUCGAGGUGUGCUGUCUCUUGUCGUCGUCGAGUUAGAAGGCGAGUUGCCAACAGGCGAAUACGUGUGGGGUGAGAAGAUCCCAGGGUAGUGGAACGGAGCCGUUUGGAAAGGUAUUUUAAAGGAGUAGUGUGUUCGCCAUUGCCAGUGUUGCAGAUCCUGGGCUUGUUUGGUUUUCGGGGAUUGGUCUUUACAUCGCGUUGUCUUUUCGUGAGGCUCAGCGAGUAGCGGAGUUGGUCUUCGCAUUUGUUUUUGCGGCUCGCUGUGAGAAGAGCUGCUGCGUUAGGCUUACUUCUGUUAUAAGACUCUGCCGGACUUUCUGCCUUGAUUGUGUCGGAUACCCAUUACAUUUCUUGUAGUGCUUAGAUUUUGCGAUUAGUAUUGGUUGGAAGUGGUCGCUCCGGUUGUCGUUGGUUACUAUUGGUAAUCUUGUGGAAGAAGAAUUUGCGCCAUUAUUCCUGCGCAUCCAUUGCAUCGCAAAUUGAUGGCUGCUGAGAUUUUCAUAUCGUCCGGCUGAGGUUAGAGCGUUGGCGUUCCUUUUCCCAUUAGCUGCAAAGCUUCCUGGAGAACCUGCCUGAGCAGGCACAAUUCUCUGCCCGUACCUUAUGAAGUGGGGAGUAUAGUGGGUUGUCGACGUUCCUACAUAUUUUACGCCUUUCCUUGAUCGACUCGUUUUGCACUUGUGCAAAGGCCUGGGGCUGGGUUUCUGGUUACGUCUAAGCGACAAUCUUGCGUCCUCGCUGACUCCAGUGUCCAGUGCUUACAAUCAUUUCGAGUACUUAUUCCAAUUGAAUUGGAGAAGCCUUGUUAAAGGCUGGUGUAAUAGUGCUCUCGUUUUCUCUCGUUGUCCAUCUCAGCGGUUCUGUAGAACGUGCUCGUGACUAAAUAAUCCAGUGAAGACUACAUUUCCCGUCCUGGAGUUUAGUUCAGAUGCCCGUGUUUUCUUCUGCUGCGAGAUAUUUCUGAAGUUUCUGUCUCAGAGGCCUCUUUGUAGACUCAUUCUUAGCUCCUUUGGCUGGAAGUCCUGAAUUCUGAUUCAACUGCUUCCCCUGUGCGCUUAACGUUGGGAAGUUCGCCAACGAAUUGUGGCCGCUUUAAUCACUAGUCAUCGCUCUUUCACUGGAGCGAUAAGAUAUAACAACAUUAUUUCUACUUCUUCCGCGAUCUACCGUCCUACCUCAAUUCUCUCCCCACGAGUAUUUAAGAAUUCUCCGACGGCGAGACGUGUGGUGAAGAGUAUGGCUAUCAAAGAAUCCUCCCCGAACGGGAAACCUCAUGUGCUUAUGAUGCAAGUGGAUAUGCCCUACCUACGGGACUCCUUGGAAUCGAAGUUCAACUUGUUGGUUUUAUCGGAACACACCAACAGGGACGAAUACUUGGCGAUGGCAGGAGGUUCUGUCCGUGCUGUUGUCACAUCUACUAACUCAGUUGUCGGUGCAAAACUCCUCGAAAAGUUACCUAAUGUUGAGAUUGUUGCCAGUUUCAGCGUCGGAUUGGAUAAGGUUGACUUAGAUUAUUGCAAACAAAAAGGGAUUGUCGUGACGAACACUCCAGAAGUUCUAACAGAAGACUGUGCAGACCUUGCUAUUGCACUAUUGUUGGCUACAAUGCGACAGAUUUGUUCCGCGGAUAGAUAUGUGCGCAAAGGUUGCUGGCCGAAACAGGGUACCUACCCACUUUCUUACAAGAUGAGUGGGAAAGACCUCGGAAUUGUUGGAUUGGGCCGGAUUGGAAAAGCUGUGGCAAAAAGGGCAGAGGCAUUUGGUUGUAAAAUCAAAUAUUAUGCGAGAUCAGAUAAGAAAGAUGUUCCAUAUGAAUACUUCAGUAGUGUUUUGGAGCUCGCUAAAAACUCAACUAUGCUCGUUGUGUGUUGUGCUUUCACAAAGGAGACUGCCAAGAUCAUUGACAGAAGGGUGUUAGAUGCUCUGGGUCCUGAGGGUUUUCUUGUAAAUAUAUCUCGAGGAGGUGUGGUUGAUGAGCCGGAGCUCGUGAAGGCUCUACUAGAAUGUAGGUUGGGUGGAGCAGGUCUGGAUGUAUACGAGAACGAGCCCAUUGUGCCUCAGGAGCUUUGGAAUAUGGAUAAUGUUGUGUUGCUCCCUCAUGUGGCUAGCGGAACCUGGGAAACACGGCGGGCUAUGGCCGACCUUAUCUCUGGAAAUCUGGAGGCACACUUUUCUGGCAAGCCUGUACUCACUCCGGUUACAUAAUUUAGGUGCAAUGUGCUCUCAACGAAGGAAAUUUCUGCCUUCCAGAAUGUUCUUGUGGAAAUGGGAUAUUGUUACAUGAUGAAGGUUUUUUGUCCUUUUUUUUGUUUUGGUCGCUUUGGUUUGGGAGCUCGUCUUCCGACUCCCGGUAGUGACAUAGACCUGGGCGUUGAUGCAAAUGCGUUUGAGCAUCGCGGCGAGUUCAGCUGUAUCCAUGCACGAUGAUAGCUAGGUGUACGUAAUGUUUUCGGGCAUUACUUGUGGGUUUUGUAGAUUUGCGGUAGUUCAGAUGAAGGGUUUUUAAACUACUUCUAAUGUGAUAUUCUUUUGGUCCGAAGGAGGAAGUGCUUCUAGUGGUUAGAGUCUGGAACCAUGGCAUUUCCUUGUGCCUAUUUUCAGCUCACGUUGUCGAGUGAUAUAGGUUGCUGAAAGCAGAUUUGCAGCUUGGCAGCGUUACUCGUUUCUGUUAAUCCCCAUCCUUUAUUCUUCCCUCCGUUUUAGGAAAUUAGUGUCGUUUGACUGGACGAAAGAUGGGACUCUUGUCCUUUCUGGCACCUCAUUGUUUUAAGCGGGGGGUUCAUCCCUGUGCCGAGUACGCUGGUUUACAUUUGUCGACGGAGUUGAGCACCAGUAUGAAGAUACACUUUUUGUACACAAGUAGGUGAGGUAGAUUAGUCUCGUUAGGCAGUGAAGACUAUGUAUAUAAUAGUCUACGUGCUUCAGAGCAUAAAUGCCACGACAAUGGGGAGAGACAGUAUUAUCGGCAUUGUUACCAUGCUUUAGGGUCAUGCCAGUUAAGCUGAACUUCCAAUUCAACAGUUGUACUUACGUGGUGCAAUAUAUCUUGUUGUAUUGGACAGUGUGGUGCAUAUUGAUUGCUACUCUAAUGCAGUGCUGAUUAUGCGAUGAUGCAAA